CGUUCACCUCCACUCAGGAUGUUUGUGACCACAGUUUGUCUGUGCUCCUACAUGAGCAGAAUAUGUUAUUUCAAAAUCCGUACUCCCAAAAUUUGGUGAAAUAAUACAACAAAUUGUGUGUGUGUGUGUGUGUUUGUGUGUGAGUGCAGUUACAGUGAAAUUACAAUAUUUCUCAUGUUUUAGCGGCUGUGCCUAAAGCCUACACUUCAACAAACCUAUCAAAAAAAAAAUCUGGCACAGUGAAAGUCUCAAUAGGGUUCGUAGGAUAUUUGUAAAUGCUUGUUUCUAUCAAGUUUGCAAAAAUCACAUCAGUCCAUGCAGUGCUGGAAACCUAACAGGUCAUUCCAUGCUACACACAUACAACAUAGGAAUACACUGAGAGGUCUUUCUCAAAAGAUGUAAAAUGUAAAUUGUUUAUACAUGUUGAUGGCAUUCAAUGAACACACAUUUUGGACACUGGGAAGGCUUUUUCUUGAAACUGCAUGCAGUUGAGAGCAUCUUCUAAAAUGUGAAGGCUGUUUGUUGGUCAGAUUACAUUGUAAAGCGAGCCUAAAACGCUGAAAGAUUUGAGACUGUAAAGAAAUCAAACAAAAUUGAUGAUUUAUUUUAAUACCAUUAACUCUCCAUUUCCUCUCACUUUUGUUAUUUGAACAACUAAAUGCCUUUUGAUCAAUAUAUUCCAGUAUACAUGAUAAAAAGCGCAGGCCAAGGAUAUUGACCUGAGUAAGAUGAUAUGAUUAUAGAUAAAAAAAACACAUUCAAAAAAGGAAAAUAAAAUAUAAUAAUAAUCUUGUAGCUCCAAUCUCCAAGGUGAGAUCUGUCAUUUUGAAAUUUUCAUGAACACAGGAACGAUCCAGUGACGUCAGCACCCCUGAGUAACAGCUCCACCCAGUGGAGAGCUGUGGAAACGACUGGAAAGUUCCUGAAGACUCUGGAGCUCCUCCAGUUCGAAUAGAAAAGCUGGGACAGUCCCACUGCUGAGACAGAAAGCAACACAAGCAACACAGAAGAGGACAGACACUUUAACAGUGUUUCAUCUCACAGCAAGAGGACUCAACGCUAAACACGCAGAGGAGAUGCUGUGCUCUCAUGGACUCCAGUCUGCCCUCAGUCCAUUCAUGGACUUCUACUGGCCUGUACGCAGUCUGUGGCCAGAGGUCAGACCUCUGCUCUACCAGCAGGAUCUGCUGCAGAGAAACCUACAGGAGCUCCGCAGCAGUCUGGAGCUGAUGGACAAACUUCAACACGAGAUCCUGGAGGAGACAGAGCCUUUCCAAAGCAGCGUGGCCCUGCAGCCGGUCUCCUACCAGCUGCAGGAAGAGGGAGAGCACUUUGGCCUGACCCUGGACACUCAAGGCUUUUCCCCAGAGGAGCUGUCUGUCAGGCAGGUGGGCAGGAAGCUGAGAGUCAGCGGGAAGACAGAGCAGAAGCAGGAGGACGGGAAAGGCUCCUACUUUUACAGACGCCAGGAGUUCAGACAGGAGUUAGAUCUGCCGGAAGGCCUGAACCCUGAAGCCGUCACCUGCUACCUGGCUCCAGACGGGAAGCUCCGCAUCCAGGCGGCCAAAGCUCCAUGUGUGGAGGAGGCUGAGAGAGAGCUGACUAUCAAGAGGAGCUCGGAGGAGAAAACACAGCAGAGUGUGUGUUCACACACAGAAGGCAGCAGCACAGAGACAGACAGCAGCACACAGCACAAACCUGAAAACAUGGACUCAUCUACAUGUUGUUCAAACAAUGUAUAAUGAAUGUGUUUUAUACAAGUGUUACUGUAAAUGAUGAACAUAUACGCUUUUGUAUGUUAAAAGUUUACUAUAAUCAAUAAAUGUAUCUAACUAAACUAUGUUUUCCUUUCAUUUUAAAUCUGUAGCCAA